AUGAAAUUUCUCAUAAGUUUUCUGGUUGUGUGCACUUUGGGUAGAAGCGACUCCCGGGCCUGGUUCGGUAGGACGUACGAGAACAAGACGUCGGAGGACAAGGCGUCGGAGAACAACGCGUCGGAUGUCAAGGGCGCAGGCGACAGUCGCCCGCAAAUUUCCUCCUGCGACGACCACAAGAUGUGCAAGAUCUACGGCGAUUUCAUCGACGACAAGAACGAAGUCCGCUUGAGUAUCUCGAACGUCACCAACAACACCAUAGGGGUCAGGUACGUUGCCGGGGACAUGGUGCUCACCGGAAUGGCGCCAUGGACUGCCGUGCACAACAACAGCGCCGGCAGGAUCAACAUACUGGAGGUGCUCUUGACGAAUAACAAAAGCGACAAUUGCCUGCAGGUGGUGUUCGUGUGUCAGCACGGUAAGCUGUGGGUGCUGGAGAUGCCUCCUGUUGCAGGGAGCUUCCCGGCGGUGCUCUACUACCUCAUUCCCUUCAGUCCCCCCAUCGAAACCUCUCCGUUUUCCCAUACUAAUCCUUCAGGGGGGACUAACCCUUCAGGCGGGACUAACCCUUCAGGCGGGACUAACCCUUCAGGGGGGACUAACCCUUCAGGCGGGACUAACCCUUCAGGGGGUACUAAUCCUUCAGGAGGGAAUAAUCCUUCAGGGGGGACUAAUCCUUCAGGAGGGACUAACGGAGGGGGGACUAAAGGAGGGAGGGCGACCUCAUCAGGCAUCAGCAGAGGCCGACCCCAGCACAUCCAGGUUAAUAUACACAUUCCGGAGCUCACGUCGGACGACCCUUCCAAACAGGACGACGCCGUGGAAGGAGAUGAGCCUCGUCAACAAUUGGAGCCACUGGACGAGUCGCUGGAAGGGCAUUAUUCUUCAGGUGACGCCUCGACGGAGUACGACGAGCCGAAGUACGACGCGUCGACGGAGAACGACGAGCCAGAGUAUGACACCUCGACGGACGGAGACGAGUCCGUGGAUGACGCUUCAACGGAUGGAGAAAUCUUAGAUGACUCGGAGGGAGAGAUGACGGAUGAUACAACAGAGGAGGGAGAGAUGACGGAUGAUACAACAGAGGAGGGAGAGAUCGUGGAUGAUAUUUCAACAGAGGGAGAGGUCACGGAUGAUACAACAGAGGAAGGAGAGAUCUUAGAAGAGGCUUCAACAGACGGAGAGGUCACGGAUGAUACAACAGAAGAGGGAGAGAUAUUGGAUGAUGCUCCAACAGAAGGAAAGGUCACGGAUGAUACAACAGAGGAGGGAGAGAUCGUGAAUGAUAUUUCAACAGAGGGAGAGGUCAAGGAUGAUACAACAGAGGAGGGAGAGAUCGUGAAUGAUAUUUCAACAGAGGGAGAGGUCAAGGAUGAUACAACAGAGGAGGGAGAGAUCGUGGAUGAUAUUUCAACAGAAGGAGAGGUCAAGGAUGAUACAACAGAGGAGGGAGAGAUCGUGAAUGAUAUUUCAACAGAGGGAGAGGUCACGGAUGAUACAACAGAGGAGGGAGAGAUAUUGGAUGAUGCUCCAACAGAGGGAGACAUCACGAAUGAUACAACAGAGGGAGACGUCACGAAUGAUACAACAGAGGAGGGAGAGAUCGUGAAUGAUAUUUCAACAGAGGGAGAGGUCACGGAUGAUACAACAGAGGAAGGAGAGAUAUUGGAUGAUGCUCCAACAGAGGGAGAGGUUACGGAUGAUACAACAGAGGAGGGAGAGAUCGUGGAUGAUAUUUCAACAGAGGGAGAGGUCACGGAUGAUACAACAGAGGAAGGAGAGAUAUUGGAUGAUGCUCCAACAGAGGGAGAGGUUACGGAUGAUACAACAGAGGAGGGAGAGAUCGUGGAUGAUAUUUCAACAGAAGGAGAGGUCACGGAUGAUACAACAGAGGAGGGAGAGAUCGUGGAUGAUAUUUCAACAGAGGGAGAGGUCACGGAUGAUACAACAGAGGAAGGAGAGAUAUUGGAUGAUGCUCCAACAGAGGGAGAGGUUACGGAUGAUACAACAGAGGAGGGAGAGAUCGUGGAUGAUAUUUCAACAGAGGGAGAGGUCACGGAUGAUUCAACAGAGGAGGGAGAGAUCGUGGACGAUAUUUCAACAGAGGGAGAGGUCACGGAUGAUACAACAGAGGAGGGAGAGAUAUUGGAUGAUGCUUUAACAGAGGGAGAGGUCACGGAUGAUACAACAGAGGAGGGAGAGAUCGUGGAUGAUGUUUCAACAGAAGGAGAGGUCACGGAUGAUACCUCAGAGGAAGGAGAGAUCUCGGAUGAUGUUUCAACAGAGGGAGAGGUCACGGAUGAUACCUCAGAGGAGGGAGAGAUAUUGGAUGAUGCUUCAACAGAGGGAGAGGUCACGGAUGAUACAACAGAGGAGGGAGAGAUAUUGGAUGAUGCUUUAACAGAGGGAGAGGUCACGGAUGAUACAACAGAGGAAGGAGAAAUCUCGGAUGAUGUUUCAACAGAAGGAGAGGUCACGGAUGAUACCUCAGAGGAAGGAGAGAUCUCGGAUGAUGUUUCAACAGAGGGAGAGGUCACGGAUGAUACCUCAGAGGAAGGAGAGAUCUCGGAUGAUGUUUCAACAGAGGGAGAGGUCACGGAUGAUACAACAGAAGAAGGAGAGAUCUCGGAUGAUCCUUCAGCGGCAUCAUCCACCAAAUCAACCGGAGAGAAGUAUGACAACUGA